AGAGUUUAGGGCGUCGACUAAGUUCGACACAGACCAAUGGGAAUCCACGAUGAAACUUUGUAAACAACAUUACACGUUGUUCUACUCCUCUCAGUUUCUCCGUCUACGACGUAAACUAAAGCGCGUGGCCGAAGGUAAAGCAAAAUGCGUGAUAUAGAAGUCACAGAAGUAUUGCUUGACCCCGCUCAACACUGUAACAAUUUAUGGAAGAAGAAAAUAAAGAAAAAAAACAAGCCAGACAAAAAGCGCAUCAUGGCCAUGGUCAGUCUACACAGAAGAGGAGGCUGAGUGCAUUUGAAGGAAAUACCUGAGGAAGCCACUAACUGUUCCACAGCUGAUGACUACAAGCAAUGAUCCCACUGGUGCUAAAUAUUCUGCCUUUGCCUCAGGUGAUCUCAGGUUUGUGAGGAGCAGAAGUGCGAGGAAGAAGUGUUUCCAUUGGCCAUGAACUACUUGGAUAGAUUUUUAACAGUGCAACCCACCAAAAAGUGUAACCUGCAGCUGCUGGGGGCUGUCUGCAUGUUUCUAGCAUCCAAAUUAAAAGAAACUCGUCCUUUAACCGCGGAGAAGCUUUGCAUCUACACAGAUAACUCCAUCAGACCACAGGAACUGCUGGAGUGGGAGUUGGUGGUGUUGGGCAAGUUGAAGUGGAACCUUGCCGCCGUGACACCCAACGACUUCAUUGAGCACAUUGUGAGGAGGCUGCCGCUACCUGAGGACAAGCUGACACUCAUACGCAAGCACGUCCAGACUUUCAUCGCCCUCUGCGCCACAGAUUUUAGCUUCGCCAUGUACCCUCCAUCCAUGAUUGCCACGGGAAGUGUCGGGGCGGCGAUCUGCGGCCUGCAGCUGGAUUCUGCCGACCAUUCGCAGUGGGGGGAUAAUCUGACAGACCUGCUGGCCAAAAUCACAAACACCGAAGUGGACGUCCUGAAAGGAUGCCAGGAACAGAUAGAGAGUGUGCUGGUCGACAGCCUGCGAAAGAGUCGACAGCAGCAUCAGCAACAGCAGCAGACGCAGCGCGGCCCCAGCAGUAAAGGCCUGGAGGAGCUGGACCAGUCCUCCACCCCAACAGAUGUCCGCGAUGUCAACUUGUGAACCAGCGGAGGGCGCCAUUGCACAGGAUUUACAGCAACAAAAAAAAAAAAAUUAAGAACAAUGGAAAAAAAAAACUUUCAACAUUCUCAAAAGCCGAAAAAAAGAACAAAAGAAGAAAAAAGAUAAAAACACAAGCCCUUGAUGAGAAAAAGAACAAUGCUUGCUAGUUUUUUAUUCGUAGAUUCUCCGUUCUUCAAGUCAAAAAACUCCUGCCCUUAGAUAUUUUGUCGCAACGAAUUCGAGUCAUCGGAAAGAUCCUCUGUGGUGCCGUGGAUAUUCAGAAGGGAAACCAAUCAUAUUUGCAGUCUUCCGUUGAUUGUACGAUCUUUUAAGUUAUACGUAUAUUCACUAUAGCUUGACAUUGAGGCUGUUGUUGCAUACGCAGGAUCACAAGCUGGCUGCAGUUUGAGUCUUUGUACUAUCACUCUAUUAGCGGUCUGAGAGCGGACUCGUGUUGAGAAUGUGACGGAGAGCGCUAUGCUAAAAGUCAAAUUCCAGGGAGGAUAUCAUAAUAAUUAUUAGUAGUUUUAGUAAUUAUUAUUUUUUAUUAUCGGAAAUUGUUUGAGUAGUUGAGAUCAAUAAGCUCCAUUUGUCAGGCUGCUUGUGUGAGUCAGUUUGUGGGCACAGUGUGCCUCUACCUAUGUGUGAGUGUGUGUGUGUGUGUGUGUGCGUGCGCGAUCGGAAUACCACAUGAGAUCCUCUAUGUAGAUUAGCAGUGAAAACUCAGCGCGAGGCACUUGAGCGACGCCGUCGAGGCCACGGCAUCGCGUUUAAAGACAGAGCUACAUGUCCUGCUGUAUAACAGGACGUCUGCGCUUUUUUUGCGUGUCCAGAGAUGACCAGCAAUAAACUCAUUCAAAUGAGAGACCGAAGCGGACACCAAUUCCUCUUCAAGCCCCUUCACGUUUUCCGGAGGUUCCUCAUCUUUAGGUCAGAGGUCAUGUGAAGUGUUUGAUACUGUUGUUGAUGUAUUUUCACAUGGUGUUACAGUGCGGUGUUUUCUAAGUUGUGACAGACUGUUUCAAGUCUUCGUGUCAGGAGAGGCUCCCGGGAGGGAGAGAACGGGGUAACUUGCAGUGUUGUACGCGAACGGAUGUGGACGGCACACAGGGAGUGUGGAGUGAGAGAAGCUGCAGGCUGUAUUGCAGUGUGAGUUAAGAAGCCCCCUUUCAUAGCAGUUCACUGCUUUUUCGAGUCAGACUCGUUGGCAGGAUGGUCCAUGUGAGGAGCUGGGGUUUAAUCCUUGGUGACCUUUUUGCUUAUGGGGAUAGAUAAGCGCACACAAGUUAGCUGUUUCUGAAGGUUCAGGCGUCUAAGGGUUUAUGGAGCGUUGUCAGCUGAGCAGAGAAUUGGAGAAGCAGCGAUGAAGAAGCUCCACAUUGAGGCUUUCUGUGAAGCUUAGAACAAUGGGUCAUGAUCGAAAGAACAUGAUUGAAAAUGUGUUUGUGGCCUUUCCUUACAGAGAGAGAGAGUCAAGUCACCUACAAAGGACGCACGGCAGGCACAUUUUUUGAGAGUGGUCAUAAUGAUGUAGCCUUCCUCUGUGGACAAGGAGGCCACAGCAGUGUCGUGGUCUUAGCCAAUGCUGGCUGAAAUGCCCGGGGGAAGGGAGGUUUGCUCAUUAAAAGUGGUUGAAGAUGAGUUUAUCCAUGAGAUGCUGCUGUGUUGGAGAGCAGGAUUGACACCAAAAGGCCUCACGUCAAAAGUAAAAGACGUGCAGAAUUCAUGCGUUUGGAUUCACAAAUGAGGAACGGAAUGCUGCCAGAUCGCGUUAGGAAGAACUUUCUGAGGGCAAUUAAGAGAAGUUAAAGUUGAUAAAAUACUGUCAAUGCAUUUGGAGUCCCACAUAGGGCUGUGUUUUUUUUGGCUGCCCUGUAUGAUUUCAAUGGAAAAGCACUUUGAGAACAUGCUCCCCAGGAGAUGAUCACCAUGAUUACAUUCGAUGUUUGAUGGCGGGGAAUAGAUGUUUUGUUUUUUUUUUCCUUCUUUGCCAUUUCUUUGGUUUACUUGGUAGGGCUGGUUUCCCAAUCAUCGGUUAUACCCUUUUAAAAAAAACAAGCUUUUCCACAACUUGAGACGAGAGGACAUUCCAAUCAGACAAACAUUCCCAUUGAGUUGGACAGGGAGCAGAUCUGAAGCAAAAAAAAAACAGUGGGUACAGGAAUUGGAAACGCUGAUGCUCGACGACCCAUGGGUUCUACUUUGUUUUCUUUGACGAGAUUUGUUUUACUUGAAUUUUGUUUUUGUUCUAUUUAUCUGCAUCACAGCCAGAGAUGGGUCCCGCGAGAGUGAACCCCAGUGGAAGGGUGGUGGUAUCGUCCGAUAUUUGCACAUGAUUAGGUUUUAUUCAAUUGAAAAAAAAGGAACACCUUUUGUUCAUGACCACCCUUUGUGAUACGUGCUGCAGGUUUCAAUUGGUGCUGGCUUGAAUUAGCAAAAAAAAAAAAAAAAAAACAAAAGUAAUGAUCUGUCAGUCAAUACAUGUCUGAGCUAUGCUGCUGCCAAUCAUUGGUGAAGGGGACGGACAUCAGCGCGGAACCAAGGACACGUCAUUCUUACAGCUGUGCCUGUGUUUCCACAAAAGCAUGUGAUAUUGUCAAACUGAAGGCAAUUAAGUGACAUGGAAAUUUUUGCCAUUUUGACAGUUAAUAAGUCCCCUUCGUUUUGUUUUUGCCUCUGCUGGAUGUAAGCUCGCUCCCAAAUUUCAUGUUUGUGUUUUUUUUUUCUUUCCUCUGCAAUGCAUUGUUGCAUGUGUUAUAUGUUUUGACCACAUUUCCAAUUUGUGUUUGACAUAUUUAAACGGGGGUGACCAGAACCGCAAAAGGGGUUUUCUACGAUUGAGAGAUACUGUAUUCCAAAGUGAAGCGAGGACGCAGGAGGUGGUGUGAAGACAUCAAGAUUAAAUGUAUUUUUAUUGUUGAAUUUUUUGCGCUGCUAAAAGCUAAGAAUUUGUUCCAUUUAUACAAAAAAAAAUAGUUGUGAUGUGUCACUUAAGUGUGCUGCUAUUUUAUAAACGUUUGUAUUAUAAUAUAAUUAUUUUACUGCUUAAGAGAUACAUUCAGAAAAAAAAGAAGUAGAUGUGAUAGAAGAACAUGAAAUGAGUAUUCGACUGGAAAUGUUCUUUGUACAGUUUGCCUAGAUAGCAUGUCCCUUCCCCACAUUUGUAUCUACUUUGCUCUUUUAUUCCCAGUCACAUUCUGCAUCAGUGGUAUUUCCCUAUACCUCAGGUUUACUGGAUCAAGCACACAUACAAAUACAACCCAUCAGCUAUACCUCUGCAGUCAGGGAGCCUCGGGUAGAAAAGACAAACUACAAAGGGGGAGGUAAAGAAUGCAAAGACACAUUUGCAGUUUUGUGGAUGUGUCCUGCUGUUUAAGCAGGAAAACAAACCGUGCAAGGCUCCUACUUGGACUAUACUGGAGGGCAGUUAGGGUGGAGGGUUUUUUCAUGUAUCCUGGUGCAACGUCUGUCAGAACUUUCCCAUGAUGCUUUCAAAAGUGACUCCCCGUGUCAAGAAAUGCAGAUGUUGUAUGUGAGAACGAUGCAAAAUGGCUUGCUUAUCUGACGCCACAUGAAGGGUUGAGCUGCACCUGUUGCCAUCAACCAUCGACUCUCUGGUAUCUUGAAGCUUCCGCGGUGCAGAUUUCCCAUGUGUUGCCACCAGAAGCACCAGCUCCACCAGCCCUCCACUAUAACUCUUAUUGUGUACCUCAAAUUUCUGUUGCACAACCUCUGUUCAAUAAACGUCUGCUUUAAGGGGUGUGACACCACAUCAGAUAUUUCCCACGUCUAGUUGUUUGGGGUUUGUGUGCAUGUGUGUACGAGAAAUGUCGCCAAAAAAAACCAUGAAAAUUCCCUUUUCAGUUAGUAAAAAGAAGAAGAAACUCCAAGCAGAAAUGCUCGAUCAUUAGUUUCGAAGAAUGUACUGUGUCAUAAAGAAAUGCAUAUUAAUACAGUCAUAAGGUUAAGUGGAAAACACACAGCAAAACAGUUCCAGUCUUGUCUGAGCGAGGUCGUAGUUGAAGAUUGUUAAGUUCAAUAAAAUUACGAUUCCAGCACAUGUGGAAUGAGUGUUUAUUACUAAAUAUGUUUUAAGUUCAUUUAAAAGAG